AUAGAACGGAGAAGUCUUUCCUGACUGACUAGGGCAGACCUUGGCUGAAAAAAUGGUUUCCAUCGGGAAAUGGAUCUUGGCAAACAGGAAUUAUUUCAUCAUCUUUCUGGUCCCUCUCUUUCUCCUGCCUCUGCCCCUGGUAGUACCCACCAAGGAGGCAAGCUGUGGCUUUGUGAUCAUUGUGAUGGCUUUAUUCUGGUGCACAGAAGCUCUUCCUCUGGCCGUCACUGCACUCUUUCCAGUCUUGCUUUUUCCAAUGAUGGGCAUCAUGGAUUCCACAGCAGUGUGUAGCCAGUAUCUGAAAGACACAAACAUGCUGUUCAUUGGUGGGUUACUGGUGGCGAUAUCGGUUGAAAAAUGGAAUUUGCAUAAACGCAUUGCCCUAAGAGUGCUGCUUAUUGUUGGAGUCAAACCUGCCCUCCUGCUUCUUGGAUUCAUGGUAGUCACAGCCUUCCUUUCCAUGUGGAUCAGUAACACAGCCACGACAGCCAUGAUGAUACCGAUUGCACAGGCUGUAAUGGAGCAGCUUCAUUCCUCGGAGGGGAAAGUGGAUGAAUGUGUAGAAGGCAACAGUAACACACAAAAGAAUGUGAAUGGAAUGGAAAAUGACAUGUAUGAAUCAGUAAUGCCAAGUGGAAAAAUGGCCCUGGCAAUUGACAACACUUAUGCUACUGAAAAUGAGGGCUUUGAGAUUCAAGAAAAAAGUACGAAAGAUCCUGAGCCUUCCAAGCAAGAGAAACAAAGUAUUGGCCCUAUAGUGAUAGAACCUGAGGAUGAAAAACAAACUGAAGAGAAGCAGAAAGAGAAGCACCUGAAGAUCUGCAAGGGAAUGUCCCUUUGUGUCUGUUAUUCUGCCAGUAUUGGUGGAAUUGCAACACUGACUGGCACCACCCCAAACCUUGUAAUGAAAGGACAAAUGGACGAACUUUUUCCAGAGAACAAUAAUAUCAUCAAUUUUGCCUCCUGGUUUGGAUUUGCAUUCCCCACGAUGCUUGUGCUACUUGCAUUGUCCUGGCUAUGGCUCCAGUUCAUUUAUUUGGGCGUCAAUUUUAAAAAGAACUUUGGGUGCGGUGGAAACGCAGAACAAAAGGAAAAGGAGAAAAGAGCUUUUAGAGUCAUCUCUGGGGAACACAAAAAGCUGGGAUCCAUGACAUUUGCCGAGAUAUCCGUGCUGGUGCUAUUUAUUCUUCUGGUGCUGCUGUGGUUUACAAGGGAGCCCGGAUUCAUGCCAGGAUGGGCAACCAUCAGCUUUAACAAGGGUGGCAAAGAAAUGGUCACAGAUGCAACGGUUGCCAUAUUUGUGUCCCUCAUGAUGUUCUUCUUCCCAUCGGAGUUACCGUCUUUCAAGUACCAAGAUACCGAUAAGCCAGGAAUGAAGCCAAAGCUACGAGUUCCACCAGCUCUGCUUGACUGGAAAACUGUGAAUGAGAAAAUGCCUUGGAACAUUGUCAUUCUUCUGGGAGGAGGCUUUGCUCUGGCCAAGGGCAGUGAGGAAUCAGGUUUGUCUUUAUGGCUUGGAGAAAAGCUGACCCCAUUGCAGAGUAUACCCCCUGCGGCUAUUGCCCUAAUUCUGUGCCUUCUUGUGGCUACAUUCACUGAGUGCACUAGCAACGUGGCAACCACAACCCUAUUCCUACCCAUCCUCGCCUCCAUGGCCAAAGCAAUCCAGCUGAACCCACUGUACAUCAUGCUUCCAUGCACACUAUCCGCCUCCUUGGCUUUUAUGCUUCCAGUUGCAACACCACCCAAUGCCAUUGCCUUUUCUUAUGGGCAGCUCAAGGUUAUCGACAUGGCAAAGGCAGGACUGCUGCUCAACAUCCUGGGAGUGCUGACCAUAACGCUGGCCAUUAACAGCUGGGGAUUUUACAUGUUCAACUUGGGCACAUUUCCUUCCUGGGCAAAUGCCACCGGGCAACAUUAAUAUUUCUGAUGGACUGUUAUUGCCCAGUUGUGUUUAACUGGAUGCCAUGGAGCCUUAGAAGUAAGAUAAAGUGGUGGCUGUGCCAUCUAGUGUCCUCGAAUACGCACAACUCAUGCUUGGCUAGUGACAAUGAGCAGAAGGGCUGAGAAUCCUACAUAGAGUAAAACCCCGGUUAGUAUCUCCCUCUGCUCUGUAUAGCUUUAAAUAGAGGGAUUAUCAGCUAAUGGGGCUGUACAUCAGGGCAAUACCCAGCAUGCAAUCGUGCAGUAAGUGCUCUCUAAGAACGUCAUGUUUCUAUCAGGGCAACAUUCUCACUUGUAUUUAUUUAAGAUAAUAAAUAAAAACAUUUUUAUGGAUCUAUCAGUAUAAGGCGGAAUAUCGAGGUGCAGGGGGAAAACAUGUGUCCCUAGUAUUAAGUUCUGAAUGAACUACAUGCACCAAAUAUAAUUAUAUCUGUUCCUAUUGUAACAAUAAAAACCUAAUACAUUUGUA